AACCAGACAACAGCGUCGUCGGGCUGAGGAUUCCGGUUUCUGAUUUUUAUUUAUCUUUUAGCGAAGGAUUUCGGGCCGAACACGAUGGACGUUUCGCUCGAGGCUCAAACGAAACCGCUUUCCACCUUGUCCGCGUUCAGUUACAUCCCACCGCGACGGAACGACCCCAAACACAUGUCGUAUUUUAACACUAAACAGACGGUCCCAGAGGUCUCCACGUACGACCGAGUGUUCCAGCAGGCGGAAGGUUACGAUAUGAGACUGCACCGAGACGAUAGGAGACACUUCAAGGGAAGAGGACUGGACAUAAACGAGGAGGAGAAGUCCAGGGCCGUACCGGUGCGCUCCUCUGCAGAACACGGCCGCCACCCGGUUCCUGAGCUCUGGCAAACAGGCCGGCAGUAUGCACGCGUGGGUUGCAUAAACGCUGAAUUUUUCAGGAAAAACGGGAUCUUCUGAAAUGUGGACGAAGGAUUCGGAUCAGUGGCCCCGACUUGAAAGCAUGAGGUGUUUGAUUUUGCUAAGAGAAUAAUAAACCAGUGUUAUAGUUUACAGAUUAAUUUUUUUUUUUAAUGGGUCCUCUCGAGCCAGCAUUUAAUUACGUUGAUUCAUGAUAUUCUGUCUUUUGUAUCGUGAUAAUAAGCAAGGACAAAGGUUAGCAUAAGGGAAAUGUGAUCCGUCAAAAAAAUAACUGUAAAUAGGAAGAUGUGACCUUUUCGAGGUAGCCGAUGUUGGACUUUCUAGUUUGAGGCUGAAAUCACUCCAUCACUAUGAGCCUAACUUAAAGUUCAGAUGGUGCAGGCACACUACAAAUCCCCCAAAAUGGCUCCCAGUUAUUGCAUUUUGCUUUUACACACGGUAUCAAAGAUCAGUCUACGUUUUCCAAUUUCUGCCUCCACUCUAAUAGCGGCUCGUAUUAAGAGACCGAAUGUUCUAGGUGACAGGAAUAAUGUGAUUUCUAAAACCGACAGGAUUUCUCUUUUGAGAAAACCUUUCACUACCGAAGCAGGGAAUAAGAUUAACUCUCAGAGACUAGACAAGAAAUUGCUUCAACCAGACCCACAAUCAUUCUCAUGCCUACAGCAUCGCACCUUAAAUUGCAUUUCCACCUGAUUUUCUCUCAUGCAUUCGGUCCUUUCUUCAUAAAUGCAGUUCCUUUGAGCAUUACCAACCUCUUUGAUUUGCAAGUUCUCUUCCACAAUUAAUCCUGAACCCACAUGACUGAAACCAACCUCCUCCACAAUAGGAGCACAGACAGCUCUCAUUUUCUUCUGCCUUUGUACUCUGGCAGAAAUAGACAAUUUAUUCUUGGAAAUGAGUACAGUAUUUGAAUCUGUUUGGUGUUAGAACUGCAGUGUUUAUUUAAGAGGAUCGGGAGCUAAUACAGAAGGUGUUGGUUUCAAAAGGAGGAAGAGAAGAGAAAAAUGGCUGAGUAAAAUGUAAAUGUUGCAUGAAUUGGCGCGUGGUCAUGAAAGCCUUAAUAAAAGAAUGGUUUCACACCUCAA